AAAAAUCAAGAAAUUUCUCAAAAAAGAUACACUUUAUUUGAUAUUUCUUUAGAAAUACCAUACCUCAAACAUGAAUUCUUUAUUCAAUGCAAUUUUGCUCACUGCUUUUGUCAUCAGUUCUGUUCAAAGCUGUAAUUGGCAUGAAGCUCGAGACUGCAUGAUGAAUGAUCCAAUGAUGCAAGACCUAAAGGAUUGCGGUUCACCGGAAGAAUUCAUGAAGAAACUUAGUGAUAUGGACAUAUGCAACGCUGUCCAUAAUCUCCAUCCCUGCCUUAAGAAUAUGGAAAAAGGAUGUAUCGAUGCCAUGCCAGAAGGUCCAAAAAAACUAAUACUUUCGAUAUUGGAAGAGGAAGAUAUUAAGAAUAUGUUGACAGAUGAGCAAUCGUGCGCAUUACUUGAAAUAUUCACACAAAGUGCAAAGCCAUUAAUGGAGUGCGUCAUGGAAGUUAAGAAAAAAGAAGAAUACAAAGAGGCUCAAAAAUAUGAAGCGUUUAUCCACCGAACAGUAGAAAAAGCCUACGUACCAAUAUGUUGCGCCCUUUCGAAAUUGUCAAAAUGUGAUGAGAAAGACAAACUGAUAGAAGACUGCGAUCAGAUGUCUCAAACUAUCCUUAUGUCAGUUGACGAAAUUGGAAAGAAAAUGGUACAAGGUUUUUGUGGCCCAAUAGAUUCUGAUAUGGAUGUGUGCCAGCAAUGUCUAGCUGAAAUGGAAGAUUAACUUUAAACUGUCACAAGAACAAUACAGUGUAAAAACUGAACUGUGCAGCAAGCUGUUAAAAAUAUAUAUGAAGUGAAUAGUCAAUAAAUGUUUUUGAAUAAAAGUUUUCAGUUGA